AUGAAUCCAUUAAGUGAACCUUGUAGCUUUCAAAACCUUUUAAACAGUCAACAACCAAACACAUUCUUCUUCUUUGUCACACGUGAACCUAGUAUAAAACUAUCUUCAUCGGAUGCCUCUGUCUUCGGUACACAAUGGGCUGAAGAUGCAAACGAAGAUGAACACGUCGUGUCUGACCAUAAAGAAAGAAGAAAGUGGUCACCAACUGAAGAUCUUGUGAUCAUUAGUGCUUGGCUGAACACCUCCAAGGAUCCUGUCGUGGGGAAUGAGCAGAAGGCAAUAGCUUUUUGGAAAUGGAUUGCGGCCUAUGUUGCAUCUAGUCCAAAGCUUUCUGCUUUGCAAAAGAGGGAGCCAAGUCACUGUAAGCAAAGGUGGGGGAAGAUCAACGAGGGUGUAUGUAAGUUUGUUGGGUGUUAUGAAGCUGCACCGAAAGCUAAAUCCAGUGGGAUGAAUGAGGAUGAUGUUUUGAAGAUGGCGCAUGAGAUAUUCUUCAAUGACUACAAGGUCAAGUUUACACUCGAGCAUGCGUGGUUGGAGCUUAGCCAUGAUCAGAAAUGGUGUAGAGCUUCAUCUACUAAAGAUAAAGUGCAGUCAAAAAGAAGGAAGUUAGAUGGCCAAUCUGCACAAUUAUUAACCUCUGUGCCAAGAGAGGAUGAUCAAGGCUCACGGCCUGUUGGUAUUAAAGCAGCGAAGGCAAAAGCUAAAAUUUCUGUGAGCAAGCCGACGUUGGAAGAGGAAGGAAGGGAGUUUCAGAGCAUGUGGGAGAUUAGGCAGAAGGACUUUGCGUUGAAGGAGAAGCUGAACAAGCAGAAAUUUCUAGACAGCGUCAUUGCCAAGACAGAGCCAUUAAGUGAACUAGAACUUGCUUUGAAAAACAAGCUUAUUAAUGACAUGUUGGCUUAG